AGGGCAGCAUGUGUCUGGUUCCAGGAAGCCGAUGGGGUGGGGUUGUGUAGCUCAAGGCCAGGCUGGGAGUAUAGUGGGGCAGACCUGGGGGAUGGGAAGCUGCCUUGUUCCUAGGAUGUAGACACUGUACCAGGGGAGUGCAUGAAGGGAAACUGGGACCACCUCUUGCCUCUCUGAAAGGGUGAUGACUGCCCCCUUCUGUGGUGGGCCUAUAGGUCCUGUGGGGUCUGGUAUGGGGAGAUGGCUCUAUGAAUGGGGAGGAUCUUGCUGACAAAGGGCAGGGACAGACCCUUCACUAUUCAUCCAACAUCCCUGAGAGGGAAAGUCUCAGACUUGUGGGCUUGGCCAGAGAAAUCCUUGGCUGUCUAGCUCCCCUCCUCUUCUUGUGGCUGAAGAAACUGAGUUAGAGGGGGGAAAAGGCACUUUUCAAGGUCCUACAUUGAGGACAUGUAGACCCAAGCUCAGAAUCCAGGUCUUCUGGAUUCUGGGCAAGCCCAGUGGCCUGGUCAGCUGGUGGAGGACACACCUUCCUUGCCUGAAGAUGCCUCGAGAGAAGACACAAGCUGAUCUGUGGGUGAGGGGUGGAGUGUGGGAAUGGGAUUUCCACCAGGCCUUUCCAUGGGGACUUGAGAUACUGGGGCGGGGUCAAGGGUACAUAGUCCUGGUCACCGUGUUUACCUGAGAGAGCUGGAGUUCAGCUUGGCGCCCUGGACAGAGACCCUGUUAUUCCCUUCUUCCUUCCCCAGAAACGGGGGUCAUCUCUGAGCAACACUCCCUUCAGGCCUUGAGAGAUCCCCGGAUGAAGCAGGAGCUGGCUCAGUAUCCCCCCCUGGACCCUCAAACUCUGUUGCCUCUUGUGGAGUUGGUGUUCGAGGUGUAGAGAGUCCCAGAGAGGUGGCUGGGAUGGGGAGGAUGGGGUACCAGCCCUCCAAGCCUGGAGGGAAGGAGGGAAAGCCCUGGGAAGCAGGGCCUCCUGUUCCGGGGGCUGCGCUGGGUAUGCACCUGGCCUCUUGCUGGCAGCAGGCGCUGUGCCACCAACCUCGGGCUGGGGCAGGGCGAGGAAUUACUGUAAGUGGAAGAAGCAGGUGUCCCUGGUCAGCCAGACAUCUGGACUCGGGAAGCACGGCUUCCUGAGGCCACCGGGAAGAGUCCCCAACCAACCCCGGGAUUCUCCCUUGGUGCAGUUGUCCAGGACCUCAGAGAAUCAAAGCAGAUCGUGUGGAGGAAGCUGAGAUGCCCUGUAUCCAAGCCCAGUAUGGGACACCAGCACCAAGCCCAGGACCCCGUGACCACCUGACAAGCGACCCCCUGACCCCCGAGCUCAGCAAGCCCACCAUGGACCUGGCCAGCCCUGAGGCGGCCCCCGCUGUCCCCACUGCCUUGCCCAGCUUCAGCACCUUCAUGGACGGCUACACAGGGGAGUUUGACACCUUUCUCUACCCGCUGCCGGGAACAGCCCAGCCGUGCUCCUCGGCCUCCUCCUCGGCCUCCUCCACAUCCUCAUCAUCAGCCACCUCCCCUGCCUCUGCUUCAUUCAAGUUUGAAGACUUCCAGGUGUACGGCUGCUACCCCGGCACCCUGAGCGGCCCUCUCGAUGAGACCCUGUCCUCCAGCGGCUCUGACUACUAUGGCAGUCCCUGCUCAGCCCCAUCCCCGUCCACGCCCAGCUUCCAGCCGCCCCAGCUCUCUCCCUGGGACGGCUCCUUCGGCCCCUUCUCGCCCAGCCAGACUUACGAAGGCAUGCGGGCAUGGACAGAGCAGCUGCCCAAGGCUUCUGGGCCCCCCCAGCCGCCGACCUUCUUUUCCUUCAGCCCUCCCACCGGCCCCAGUCCCAGCCUGGCCCAAAGCCCCCUGAAGCUGUUCCCCUCGCAGGCUGCCCACCAGCUGGGGGAGGGAGAGAGCUAUUCCAUGCCAACAGCGUUCCCAGGCCUGGUACCUGCUUCUUCACACCUUGAUGGCUUGGGGAUGGUGGAUGCGCCCGUGACCUCAGCCAAGGCCCGGAGUGGGGCUCCGGGUGGAAGCGAGGGCCGCUGUGCUGUGUGUGGGGACAACGCCUCUUGCCAGCAUUAUGGUGUCCGCACCUGUGAGGGCUGCAAGGGCUUCUUCAAGCGCACAGUGCAGAAAAAUGCCAAGUACAUCUGCCUGGCUAACAAGGACUGCCCUGUGGACAAGAGACGGCGAAACCGCUGCCAGUUCUGUCGCUUCCAGAAGUGCCUGGCUGUGGGCAUGGUGAAGGAAGUUGUCCGGACAGACAGCCUGAAGGGGCGGCGGGGUCGGCUCCCUUCAAAGCCCAAGCAGCCCCCGGAUGCCUCCCCUGCUAAUCUCCUCACCUCCCUGGUCCGGGCACACCUGGACUCAGGGCCCAGCACUUCCAAACUGGACUACUCCAAGUUCCAGGAGCUGGUGCUGCCCCACUUCGGGAAGGAGGAUGCCGGGGACGUGCAGCAGUUCUACGACCUGCUCUCGGGUUCCCUGGAGGUUAUCCGCAAGUGGGCUGAGAAGAUCCCCGGCUUUGCCGAGCUGUCCCCCGGGGACCAGGACUUGCUGCUGGAGUCGGCCUUCCUGGAGCUCUUCAUCCUCCGCCUGGCCUACCGGUCUAAGCCGGCUGAGGGGAAGCUCAUCUUCUGCUCGGGCCUGGUGCUGCACCGGCUGCAGUGUGCCCGCGGCUUCGGGGACUGGAUCGACAGCAUCCUGGCCUUCUCUCGCUCCCUGCACAGCCUGGUCGUCGAUGUCCCUGCCUUUGCCUGCCUCUCUGCGCUCGUCCUCAUCACAGACCGGCACGGGCUGCAGGAGCCUUGCAGGGUAGAGGAGCUGCAGAACCGCAUCGCCAGCUGCCUGAAGGAGCACGUCUCGGCCGAGGCAGGCGAGCCUCAGCCGGCCAGCUGCCUGUCACGCCUGCUGGGCAAGCUGCCUGAGCUGCGGACUCUGUGCACCCAGGGCCUGCAGCGCAUCUUCUACCUCAAGCUGGAGGACUUGGUGCCCCCUCCGCCCAUCGUCGAGAAGAUCUUUAUGGACACACUGCCCUUCUGACCCCAGCCCGGGAACACGUGUGCACUCUGUGUGCACGCUCAUACGCCACCCCACGUGCCUUUAGCCCACGGCCCACGGACCCCUGGAGCACCACCCCUCAGCUUGGGCCUGAGCUGCAGACUGGCCGCCCCUCCCCGCCACCUGCUCUGGGAGGUCGGCAGGGAGUUCAUGCCCUGGGGGGAGGGGGGGAUGCAUUCACAGGGGUGACCCUUACUAUUUGUCUUACCCCCCAGCCCAGCCCUGGUCUUCAUGUUUUUGUAAGAUAAAACCGUUUUUAACACACACACCGCCAUGCUGUAAAUAAGCCGAAUGCUGCUGUAAAUACAGGAAGGAAGAGGUUGAGGUGGGAGUGGGGUUUGGGAGGGAGGGACGGGCCCCCACCAGCCUCCUCCUACUUGCUCUCUCUUCCCGCCCUCCUUCCACGUGUACAUAGACUCACUCUAGGAGGAAGACAAGUGACAGAUUCUGACAUUUAUAUUUGUGUAUUUUCCUGGAUUUAUAGUAUGUGACUUUUCUGAUUAAUAUAUUUAAUAUAUUGAAUAAAAAAUAGACAUGUAGCUGAA